AUGGGCUGGCUGUCCUACCUGGCGUACGGAGUAUUGCCAAUUUGGCUGUCCCCUUGGAAUGAGAUGACCUGUGACAACUUCUGUCGACUCGGCCUCCUGGCCUUUGACUUGUUCUCCCGCAGUUGUAUCAACACCUACCUACGCAGUAGGCUAGGUGUCCGUACGGGUACAAACUGCGACUCCAUUCCGUCUGUGGUUGACCCUUGGAAGGAAGGCCAAGAAGGCGACACACUAUUGCACGCGCAUACGUACGAUCUCUCACGGCCAAUGCCGAUGCCCAGCAAGGAACUACAGGUCUUCUCUUACGGAUACAUGGUAGUCUGGUCUGGUCGACGCCAAGAGCGUGGUCUGGUCGGCAGGCCCUGCAAAGUUUCUGCCGAUAGCCAACCUGGCAGCCGGCGUACUUUCUUGAAUGAGUACGUACUGCCCGACCAGGGGAUCCCUCAUGCGGAGCCAUCUCCGUGCUUCUCUCAAAGUUCUUCUGCGCCCUGA